AUGGCCGUUGGGAACAUCGAACGUGUGUUAAUCGAGCUCCGACCUCGACUGCAAAGUGCAAAUUUUUUUAUUGGUUUUAGUCGUCGCUUUGCAGAAAUAAAAUCGACUAAAAUUGACCUCGGCUCCGAUCGCAUAAUUAUAACCACUGAGAAUAAUGACGAAUGUUAUGAAAUCCGACUGGGAGAUUAUUUCAAGUUGCACACCCAAACGUUAAGUUCGUUGAUGAUCAAAAAUAGCUACAUAUGCUUCAGAAUCAACACCAACGAGAAUAUAUUCCAUUCGGAGGUGUUGGAAAUCAACGACUAUAACGUAUGCUCCGAUUUGAAGUUAGAAUGUGGCCUACAAACGGACACCGACUAUAUACUAUUAUGUAGUAACUGCUGUAGUCCACUGCGCGACGAAUCAAUCAAAUUCAAACGAAUUCUCGAAUUGCCUUCCGAUCACAUGGAUAGUAACGAUUGGUACUGUCAUCAACAUUUGCACGAGUGUGCAGGUGUCAGUCAGACAAACGGAGAGUCUUCCUCGAACACGUUUCACUCAAACAAGCUAGCACCAUCAGAGACGGAUUUAUUUUUCGGGCCGUUCUAUGCAAUUCUUGAUAGAAAACACCUACUUAGGGUUCACCUAAAAGCAGAACGAUUUUUGUAUUGCAAACGAUGUCUGCAGUAUUUGGGAACAAUGAAACGGAACGGUUCCGCAAAAUUGUGGUACGAAAAUCUACGUUUUCAAGUUCCGAAUAACAAUUCGGAAGAAACCACGCCAACUCGACUAUGUCUAUUUCAAAAAGAUCAACUGCUAGCAAAUUUUGAAUACCUGGUCCGCAAAACAGUGAAUGAUUUCAACUUCAUAUCACAUCUCGGUUUGCCGCCGAUUUUCAAAAUUAUUUUCGAGAUGCGCCGACCAGGAUUAGACGGCGAAAUAUUCUACCUUCUGGUUCAAAUAAUGGAUGUCAACUUGAACGUGUUCAAAAUUCGUAAGACUUUGGAUAUAGAUUCGUCCUCUGGUGAUGAACAACCUGACAAUGAAGGUGAGAACCAGCAACAAACAUACCAUGACUAUGAUAACGAUGAGGUGUUCGUAGUCGCAAAGAAAACGCAUCGUAAUAUCCAUCUGGAUAGACACAAGACCAUGAAGCUAAUGUAUAGAUACGAGAAAUUUGACCAACAACCGAUUGUCAAUUUUUGGUUGCAGGAUACCAAUGCGGUAAAUGUGGAAAUUUCCGAAAAGAUGUUCCGAGCGGCCAUUCGUUACUUAGAUGGCAACUCGAAUUUUGUACCAGAGUGCUAUAGAAAUAAUCUAGGAUUUAUUUUAAGCUAUUUGGAUAUUACAUAAGGACUUCGUAUGCGACAUAUGAAUAUCCAUCCUACAGUAUGUUUUUGGUUGUCAA